UAAAAUGCUUCCGUGUGCAUAAGGGGUGAUGAGCCUCCUGUGCCCGUAUCGCCCGGGUUUGAAUGUGUGUGGGUAGGCUUCUGCGGAUGGCUGUGUGGUGUUGGAAUCGGUUUUACCGGCUGCUGAAACCAAGCAGCGGCCGCGGGUGUGCAGCUCGAUUUCUCAGUGGCGCAGUGGCGGAGGAGAAGAAGUUGGUGAUCUGCGUCGAAGGGAACAUUGCAAGUGGAAAGACCACGUGCUUGGAAUAUUUUGCAAAAUACAGUAACAUUGAGGUUCUUCUGGAGCCGGUCUCAAAAUGGAGGAACAUCUGGAACCACAACCUACUGGGCCUCAUGUACGAAGAUCCCUCACGCUGGGCGAUUACGUUACAGACCUACGUACAACUCACGAUGUUACAGCAACACACUCGGCCUCGGACACUGCCGGUUCGAAUGAUGGAGAGAUCCAUCUACAGUGCCAAGUACGUCUUUGUGGAGAACCACUACCAGAGCUCCAUAAUGCCCGCGGUGGAUUACGCAGUGCUGUCCGAGUGGUUUGAUUGGAUCGUGGGGAACACCAACAUUCCAGUCGAUCUCAUCGUGUAUCUGCAGACCACGCCCGAGACCUGCCACCAGAGGCUGAAAGCCAGGUGUCGGAGCGAGGAGAAGAUCAUUCCUUUGGACUAUCUGAGAAGACUCCAUCAGCUUUAUGAAGACUGGCUGGUCAAACAGACUUCAUUCAAAGUCCCUGCGCCUGUGUUGGUGAUCCCUGCAGACCAGGACCUCGAGGAGAUGCUGGAACAGUACAAGGCACACAGGGAGCAGAUUCUUCAUCCCAAUUCCACCAUCCUCCAGAAACGGAACUUAACAAAAGAGCUGAAGCCAGCGACACAAUAGUGUGCAUUCUGUGAUA